GUAAUGAGCAGUUGCAGGUUGGGAUCAGGCAGAAGCGUAGUCGAGAACAAGCCAAGGUCAGUAAUGAGCAGUCGCAGGUUGGGAUCAGGCAGAAGCAUAGUCCAGAACAAGCCAAGGUCGGUAAUGAGCAGUCGCAGGUUGGGAUCAGGCAGAAGCGUAGUGGAGAACAAGCCAAGGUCGGUAAUGAGCAGUCGCAGGUUGGGAUCAGGCAGAAGCGUAGUGGAGAACAAGCCAAGUUCGGUAAUGAGCAGUCGCAGGUUGGGAUCAGGCAGAAGCGUAGUCAAGAACAAGCCAAGGUCGGUAAUGAGCAGUCGCAGGUUGGGAUCAGGCAGAAGCAUAGUCAAGAACAAGCCAAGGUCGGUAAUGAGCAGUCGCAGGUUGGGAUCAGGCAGAAGCGUAGUCGAGAACAAGCCAAGGUCGGUAAUGAGCAGUCGCAGGUUGGGAUCAGGCAGAAGCAUAGUGGAGAACAAGCCAAGGUCGGUAAUGAGCAGUCGCAGGUUGGGAUCAGGCAGA